AUGACUGGGCCCCAGGAUGCCUCAAUGGAGGAGAUCGUCUGGCGGUCACCUCCGCACGUCCAGAUGAUGGGAGGCUAUCUCCACUCAAAUAACAUUCUCUUUUAUUUCGCCGAAUCCCCAUUCUUCGACGCCACCUCCAAUAAUGCCUCUCUGGCUAUCCAGGCCAACUACAUCGAAGGUCUGCGCCAUGUAGUUGGAACCCGCGACGCCUUCGAAGAACGACUGAGGGGUAUGCAGGGACUGGAGUUCGUGGUCGCGUACGAUCCACUGCAGGCGGCUGCGCAAUCCGACACCCAGUUUGCCCAUGAACCGUCCAACAUCUGGGUGAUUCGGAAGCAGUUUCGGCGAAAGCGGUCCGGGCUGGACGACGAGGUUGAUGUCCUUGCCACGUACUUUGUGGUGGGCGACUGUAUCUACAUGGCCCCAUCGGUGGCCAGUGUCGUGGGGAAUCGUAUUUUGUCCGCCGUGACCUCCCUUACCAAUCUCCUGAAGACGGCAUCAACACUCCCGACCUUCACUCCAUCCCACGGACACACCUACCUGCCAGCCGCCCCCAAGUCGACAGACCCGGGGGCUCCGUCCCAGCAGAGCAAAGAAGGCACGCCCUUACCCGAGGCCGACUCAACGAAGAACUCGCUAGGAUCCCUGCAAGACAGCAGCGCCGGCGCAAUGUUCCAGGAUACGAAGACUCUGGCGGAGUCGUUCGCUCUCCUGUCCCGGUUUGGGGAUGAGUUUAUGGAUGAGAAUCCACUCGUUGGAGAACCUGGGUCAUUCAUCCUGUCCAAAUCUGGGGACACCGACCGACUCCCGGGACCAAAGCCGCCAUCGAAUAUUAGUCGCCCGGGCAGUGUUCCGGGGAUAACGGGAAUGCCACAGGUGAAGGUGGACACGCCGGGGAAAACGCCCGAGAAAAGCGUCGGAGGGGCAGCUGGCCCGGAUGAAAAUCGGUUGCGGAGAAAGAAGAGCCGAAUUGGCUGA